AUGAGGCCGGAACGUCCCCACCCUUUCUCAAGGUGGAGGACCUCCAGGGCCCUCCAAGGGGCAGGCCUGCCCAGAAACAGCACCCGGACCUGGCCCGGGAUCGGGGCUACCGAGAGGCGGGGAGGGGACUGGGCAGCUGAGGCCAAGCUUCCCACGCAGCUCUCUGUGAUGGCAGACAGGGAGACGGGGCCUCAGGCGGGAAGGCACUGCCAGCCCCCUGAUGUGCUUCCUGCCCUGAAGGAGCAAUAUGCCUCCCCCUGGGCAGGGCCUGAGGGGGAGGACAGUCCUGCCCAGAUGCUGCCCCUCUCGCCCUCAGCCCCGCCUUCCCUGGGGCCAGGACCGGGGCUUAAGUGGGUCUUCUCCUAUGGGUCCAGCUCCUGGGGUGGAGGGGAGACUCUCAGAAGUAGUGGUGGCCAGAUGCUGAGAGGUGCGGGCUCACUGGGGCUCUCUCCUCCCCAAAGCUCACCAUCCUGCCCCCCUGUGCCCCGCUGGGCUCACUUACUUCAUCGUUAUGUUCCGGGAGUUGGUCCAUGGGCACGUCAUCGAGAAUAUAUCCCAGGAAGGGGACCAUGCCCUGUGCCACGGGGGUGGGGAGGUGAUGAGUCCCCGCCUACCUCAGGGGCGCCCACAGAGCUCCUCCUGAACCCCACACCCGCAGCCCCCAGCUCCCUUGGACCACCCUGUGCUGCCUCCCUCCCCUUCUCCCUUCACCCUGCGCUCCUCUCCCGGUCCCUCCCAGGGCUGGCUUUUGGCCAAUCCCAGGACCUGUGGUCCCUGCACCUGUCCUCCAACUUCUCCCCGUACCCAGCUGCUAUCGCCCUCCUGGUCACCCCAGUGCUGGCAGCUCAGGGCUCGUGGCACCAGGCCACACCACUCUCACCUGAUUCUCCUGGUAGUCGGGUGUCCUCUGGUCCCCCUGCCAUCGCGUCAACAGGUACUUCGCCUCCUGCAAGGUCCGGGACACUCAGGUGCUCGUGCUCCCCUCCCACGCGGCCUCCCACAACCAGACCUUGGUUGAUGGAUGCCUUGCGCGAGUCCCCUGGCACCUAUGCUGUCCCCACCUCCAGCAGGCUCUCAGCCUAGAGCGACCCCAGCUCCGGCACACACUCAUCCUCUCUUGUGUCCUUGGGCCGCGGCCAGCCGCCCCGAGAGGCUUCCUCACCUGCAGAGUGUCAGGGGAAGUCCCUGCCUCCCAGGGUGCCCUGAGCACCCACUGUCACCUGGCUAUCACCACCGCUCCCCUCACACGACAAGGUGGGAUGGGCAGAAAGCUGAAGCCCGUCUUGUGCUCCCUGGACCCUGCUCACCUGGCAGGCCCGCACCCCAGGGUAACGGUCUGAGGGGACCCAGGGAGAGGCCGACCUUGCUCAGCCACGGGCCCCACCCCUGCUCCCGACCCCACGCCAGCCCCAGCCCUGACCGGGGGCCUGACCUCUGGGUCCUCACUGGAUGCCAGGCCCCCAGUCAAGUGGGGCCAGGGAGGGAGACAGACGAGGCCGUUGGGGGCCUGGGGGACCCUACUUCCCCCAUCAGCUCCCCCCUCUCACCCCGCACACCUCAAGUCUGCCCCAAGGCUGGGCCGCAGCACGGCAGAGGACUUGCCCCAAGGACCCCUCCCUUCGAGACGUCUAGCCUCCAUUUACCUCGUGGAACCACUGCCGGUCAGCCUUCUUGUCCAUCUUUUUAAGUUUUUUAAACAUCCUGGAGCUUUUCCUAAGGGGCGGGGAGAGGAGGAGGGGACAUGUGGCCAGCAGGUGGGGAGUCUGGGGGCAGACCAGUUCUCCUGGAGACCCCAGAUAUCAACUAGCCUGCAGGAGGCUAUCCACCACAGCCCUGGGCCCUGGGCACUCCGUGGCCUGGGGAGGGGGCUGCGUGUUUCCACCCGGGGCCUCCAUUCCCAGUUCUCCCCGGGGCGAAUCUGCUUUGGGCCAGGUCGCUGUCCUUGGGGCAGAGACCUCCUGCUGCAGAACGCAUGCUCGAGAUCUCCAGUUGGCUUCAACCCACACCUGACAUUGCGGGAAACUGAUUCCUCCAGGGGUAUCGCUGGCCUGACCCACAGGGGGCUCCAAGAGCCCGCCAUCCCUGUCCCUAGGCUCUGCCACCUCCCAGAAAGUCCCAGCCAUCUGAGGGGACACUGCCAGACCUCGGGGUAUCCCUGUCCCCUCAGGUGCCCUGGUCCCGGGGACAGGACUACCCACCAGGAAACAUGUCCCCAGGUUCUUUUCAGACGACCUACGGGAGGGAACUGCAAGGCCAAGAGAAUCGCGUGGAGGGAUGCAAAAUUCAGGAAGGUCUCACAGUCCUGGGAGGGAAGACAGAGCUGAGAGCGUGGCCUGCUUCUCUGCUCUGUCCCCCCACGAACUCCUGUCCUUAAGCCCAGCACACCUGGUAGCUGGUGAGCAGCCCUCCUGGGUGGAGGACUGUAGCUCAACCCAAGGAAGGGGCAGGGAUGGCUGUCCCCCCCUGGGGCCUGCGAGUCCAGGUCAGCACGCCCCUGGCAGGAGGGCCCAGGGACCGUGCGGGGCAGACCGCAGGCAUUCAUCAUGAGAGUUGGCAAAGGCGGGGAGCAGGUCCCAAGAUGCCAGGAUGGACGCCGGGGGCCGUCCCAUGACUCACCUUGGCCACCCGGAUCCAGAACUCCACCACGCGGGCCCUGUGCCGGGCCGUCAUGCUCGGGGUCCCGAGGCAGGAGGUGGUGACCAACCUAACCGUGGCUUCAAACUGCUUCAUGACCUUAUGGAUGUUGGGGGCCACGUGCUCAAUGCUUGCCUUCUCUGGCUGGUACCUUCUUCCCAUCUGUGGCUUGUAUGCAAUGAAGCCACCGGUUGGAGUUGGAGCCCAGGCAGCUGGAGGUGUGCUGUGAGCCUUGUGGCCGUCCGGGCUUUGGAGCCCGUCCACUGAGGCGCCCAGGACCGGAUGCACAGCGCCGCACAGUGGUGGGGAACGGAGGGGCUCUGCUCGCAGGCACCCUCGCUCACCUCCUCCCUGCAGCACAAGGCAGCUCACCCGGCCAUCCUGGGGCAUCUGCCUCCCAUUCUGCCACCCCUUGGAUCCCGGUACCCACUCAGGUGCAGUUUCCCCGAAAACAACUCCACCCAG